UAAAGCUAUUUUGAAAGUGACCCCUCAUUCGGGCACGGGACAGCGACACUGCAGCUGUUUGGAACCAUGACUGAAGAUGACGGAUUCGGUUGUCGUGGAAGGAUAUGUCAAAUUCAGAGAUGGAAAAAAGUGGAAGACUAGGUGGGUCGUACUUCGCAAGCCAUCGCCUGUAGCAGACUGUUUGGUACUUCUCGUCUACAAAGACAAGUCGGAUAAAGCCCACGGCCACCGGGAGAAGGGCAGCAUCACCUUGGAGGAUAUCUGUGGACUGGAGACAGGUCUCUCCUAUGAGGGGGUAAACUACACGCUGGCUAUCCUCUGCCUGGGCCAGGUUGCUGUGCUGGGCUUCGACGGCAAGGAGGCUCUGCUGGCCUGGGAUAUCCGCAUCCGCUACAGUCUUGGUGAAGUCCAUAGGUUUAGCGUUGGCAUCUUACCAGGCACCAAGUUGGAGAGUGGGCCUGCAAUCCUUCACUUGUGUAACAACCUACUGGUUCUGGCCAGAGACAUCCCCCCUGUUAUCAUCGGUCAGUGGAACCUCCCGGACCUACGCAGAUAUGGACCUGUACCAAACGGCUUCGUCUUUGAGGGGGGAACACGCUGCGGCUACUGGGCUGGCGUCUUCUUCCUAUCGUCCAUGGAGGGAGAGCAGAUCAGCUUUCUGUUCGACUGCAUCGUCAGGGGCAUCUCCCCCACCAGAGGCCCUUUUGGACUGAGGCCAAUCCUGCCUGACCCCAACGCCGCCGCCAACCAGGCCUACUCUGAGGAGAGGGUGAACCAUGAGGCCCAGGAGCUGGAGAAACGCCUUAGCAUGCUGUCUCACCAGAGCAGCACAGCCUCCUCCACGUAUGGUCUGUCUGUGGCGGGAGACGACCGCAGCAUAUCAGGCUCCUCUGACACCUCCGACACCAGCCAAUCAGACUCCAGCAUCGGCAGCCGGCUGGCCAUUUGGACUGAGCCCGUCACAACAAGCUCCGCCCCCACAGAGACCAUCAUUGGCCAGUCUGGGCCCAAGGUGGCCUUACAGGCCGAUGAUAAACUGUCCGUCAUCCAGGUGGGUGGAGCUCGUGCAGUAGCCAAGCCCCCUCGGUCCCGGCAGCUGCAGGAGAUUGGUCGACAGAGCUCAUCCGACAGCGGCAUCGCCACAGGAAGCCACUCCUCCUACUCUGGGAGUUUCUCCUCCUAUGCAGGUAGCCUGGACAUUGGUUCUGGGGGGGAUGACUUUGGCUCCAUGCUCAGCCUGCCCCCUCACCUGGACCUGGCCCCCUGUACAUGCCCCCCAGCCCCAGGACAGGAGUACCAGGUACCCACGUCACUGAGAUACCUCUACGACACCCCCCGGAAUCUACUGCAGGGGGGAACAGGAGGGGCCAGGAGGCAUCAGACCUCCACAACAUCUAAGGACCAGGCGGGUAGUUCACCCCAAUCACACCCAUCAUGUAAGUCAGUACAGAGGGAAAAAGAGGGUCCUCUCGGGGGUCGCUCGGACACUGUUGCGAGGCGCUCGAUGGCUGAUCUCUUACAGGGCCACUCAGAGGAGAGUAAGAGCGGGGUGGCGCCCUCUAGUGACAGUCAACAUCCAGACUCCUAUCAGAUAUGCAGCAGUUCCCAAGCCACUGCCUCCAAAACCCUCCUAACCAUCUGCGCCACCUGUGGAGGAUUCAAGGGGACUCCACUCUCCUACACUGGGGGCUCAGCAAUGCCAGCCGUACCAGCAGGUGAAAGUAUUGAUAAGUGCCCGUGCAGACCCAACAGCAGCUCCUCAGAAUAUAUCAAGGUUGACGCACUGAGGAAAACUACAGAGACCACGUUCGCACCUGCCUCAGUGACCAAUCACAGCUCUGAGAAGCUAAAGAUGAGGAAUGAGGAAUCAGCACCUCUACAGAAGAAAGGCAAGGGGAAAUUAGCUGACGUCUUAGCAGACCUAUUAGGCAUAGGCACAGACCUAUUAGGCACAUCCGGAGAGCCAGGUACAAAGACAAACGACCUGAAUCUUUAUGAAUCAAUGGCUUCUGCUUUGGGACGUGAGCUUAGAUCCCAACAACCUGUUAUCAACUGUGAACUUUUGUGUGAUCUGAACUCAGCAAGACAAGGGGACAAAGGGACUAUCAUUUACGAAAAUUGCUUCAAGUGCAAGAAAGGGGAGGAAUGCCACCCGCCUCCUUGGGGGACACCAGCAUUUCCCCGGAACAGCUUUGUCCUACAGGUUGGUCAAAUGCACCACAGUGGUGUAUGUUUUGGACAGCCACUACCCUCUGAGCCCUUGAAGAACAGUGUGGACUGUGAAAAGACAUCUAAUGAAGAGCAGCCUAUUGAAGUGCAACUGCUGGACCCUACACUCCAAGAUGGAGACCUUCCAUGUGUGGAGGUGAAAGAUCAUUCAGUAUCGGUUGAAGACAAGAAGCAGAAGAGUAAGGAGGAGAGGCACAAAGUCGAGUAUGAGAUCAUGGAGAGCCGGGCGUUGGAGAAGAGUUCAGAGCCAGAAGAGAAAAGCAAGUACGAGCUGAUGGGCAGUUGUGGACAACAACGGUUCCUUCAUGAGACUGAAGGGGCCAUGUUUGUGUUCCCGACAGAAAUGGCGGCUCCAGAAAGACCCCGCGGUGAUGGAGUGACCUACGUCAAUAUUCCCAUCAGCCCCACGUCCAAGAAACAGCUGAACUACAUGGAGCUGGAGCAUCAGGAGCAAACUGGGGUCAGGGGGACUGGUCAACACCUCCCAGGACAGAGGAAAAGUUCCACUAAAUAUGCCCAGAUUGACAUCAAUGCUACGGAUGCCGCCCACAAAACGGGUACCCAGCAUGCCCUGGGGCGAGAGGAGGGUCUUCGCACCCUGGAGCAGAGGAGGAGAGGAGUACCACAGUGAUAUCACACCUCCAAUCUUGACCUCCACAGGGCCGCUGGCCCAGACCACACUGUUGUAUAAAUCUCUAGAAUUCACCAGAAACAUGGAUUUCCUGGGGCACCUCCAGCUGCCAUGAUGUCAAACUCCUCCGAGAUCUGCCACAUUUGAUUUCUCUAACAUCAAUUGUUGAUGUCUUCGGACAGUACUGUCAUUCUGCAAUCACGAAAGCAACAUGAAAACAAACUGUAAUUAAAAAGACAAAAGCUGCUGCAUGGAUUUAAGGGAUGUAAAGGGGACAUUUCAAUCCCUUGUGGAACCAGACAUCUCAUUAGAAGGCAUCACUGUCACUGUCACAGCCCUGGGCAGACUUGGGAGGAGUGGGGGGCUGAAAGUGCCAGUCUUGGAACUGAGUCAUUACCCAGGCACAAACCCCCGGAGGAGCAGUGGGUUUUUCACAGCCUCGUCUGUGCCACCCCUAAUCUAAUACAAUACGGUUAGUACCUCGUUUGGGGGAGAUGAGGAGGGAGUUGGAAAAAAGCAUCACCCUCUAACUCCUCUCUGAUUAUCGUUUUACUAAUUCUAUAGUGUUUACUUGUAUGAAAGCCUUGAUUGAGGCCUUUUGAAAGAGACUAGUUUAGUUUAGCACAGGGCCAGAUAGAUAAUGGAUAAUCAGUCUAUAUUUAUCCUGUACAGUACAUGCAGUCUUACUCAUUCAGAAUGUCGUAGCUACAGCGACGUUCAACAAACUUUUUGAGACCUUUAUGAAGCUAAUGCAACAAAGUGGGCAUAGACGUUCCGGCGGUGUUUGUAUACCAAUGAGACCAACGCGAUUAAGCCCUCAUUAUUGGGUUCUGGUGACUCAGCCCAGGCUUGUAAUUGUUCCGCGUUGGCUAAAUGAACUUUGGUUGGCUUGAGUGUGCCUAAUUGCCCGCUGUUGACCACAUCCGUAGCGUUCGUUUCUGGGCGCUCUCCAUUUGUUUUUCAACUACACGGUUCACAUGGCUUCGCUGAGGGACAGACAGACAGACAGACAGACAGACAGACAGACAGACAGACAGACAGACAGACAGACAGACAGACAGACAGACAGACAGACAGACAGACAGACAGACAGACAGACAGACAGACAGACAGACAGACAGACAGACAGACAGACAGACAGACAGACAGACAGACAGACAGACAGAGCUUCAGCAACAUACACCCUAUAAAUAAUUCAUUGGAUUUUUUUCAGCUUCGCAGAAAGGAAAAAUGAAAAACAAUAUCCCGGAAAUGUUUGUCAGAAGCGCCUGUGGCCCCCCAUUAUGCAAACAUAUAUCUUUUUUUUUUAAAUAGCUAGAUCAUUUAAGACAAGAGUUCCUAUGUAAAAGUAACCUUAUUGGAAUAGAAAUUUCUUCUUGUCUAUAUUCCCUACUGUGUGUUGAACGUAUGUGUUUGUUUUGCUGAUACUUUAGACAGUCAUUAUUGUGAUGUUAGUGCGGUUCUCAUUAUAUUAGUACGUAUAUCACUUUUUCAUAUACGCAAAUGUAACCUUGUCUAGAGAGAAAUAUACUUGUAUUAAAACCAAUAUAUAUUUCUCCGGUAUCUGUAAAUACAUUUCCCUGUUUCUGUUCUAGAUGUCUUGGACUGCCGUACAUCAUAUAUUUGAAGAUAAUGUGUAUGUACAGAUCAAUGUUAAGAGUUUUACAUACGAUGUCUGUAUUUUUUCAGAAGCCUUUUUUUUUGAACAUUUUAUUUAUAACAAAUAACAACCAUUGCUUUGACGUGUUGAGUUCAUUUCUUUAUGUACUGGUUCACUGAUUGGACUAUUUUUAUCCUCAUGUGGCUCAUUGAACAUAAAGCCAAUGGUUACACUGCACUUACAACAACCUUUACAACCAAAUGGUUGUUUGUUUUGGUUGGAGUAAAAGAGUCUAGUCCUGUUUGUCAUAGGGACCGGAUGUUGGAGCUGUCUUAAGGGCAGUAAGUAACAGGAGGCAACAGAAUUCGGUGCAAAAAGUGUAAGCAAUCCAAUGGAUAUUUACAUAGGACUACAAAAAAUAUUUACAAAAUAGGCAGAUUCUCAAAUACUGUCAAAACACUGAUUUGAAUUAAAUAAAAACCUCAAAAUCAGACCUACUCUGCCAAAACAACUAUAGCAGGUUGGGGUAUACCAGGCCACCCCACAUGAA